GCCAAGUGCAUUAAUGACUGCAAAUGCUUUGGUUUUCAUCCACUGUUGAAAUCCUGUCGCUUACAUCGCAACUGUGAGGAGGCUGAUAUGACUAGCGAUGGGAAUAACUGGAUAUAUUUUAAUCCUAGUGGCAAAGGCCUUCUUGCCCUAAGUUGCUUAGAACUAUUCAAUGCUGGUAGAAAUUGUUCAGGAGUAUAUACUAUCUACCCGUUUAUGGACUACGAUCGACCUUCCAAAGUGUUCUGUGAUAUGGUUACAGAAGGCGGUGGUUGGACGAUAAUACAGAGAAGACUAGACGGAUCUUUAAGUUUUAACAGACCAUGGACAGAAUAUAAACAAGGAUUUGGGGCUGCCGAAAGCGAGUAUUGGUUAGGCAAUGAUUUUAUUCAUCAACUAACGAUUUCUAAACGAUCCUUUUAUGUGGGCAUAACGACGACAAAUGGAGCAUCGCUCUAUGAGCAUUACCCACAAUUCUCCAUCUCCAAUGAAGCAGAUGGCUACCGACUCUACUUAAGUGGAGCCGCUUCAGGAACUCUCGGCGAUAGCAUGAGAGGAAGUGGGGCUAUGAAUUUAAAUGGAUGGAGAUUUUCCACUCCAGACAGGGAUUAUGAUGACUGGCCCACAGGAAGUUGUUCAUCACAUUUUAAAGGGGGAUGGUGGUUUAACUGGUGUUCUAACAGCUUUCUGAACGGUCAGUAUGGAUUAGCCUCCUGGGAACGCCCAUGGUCUCCAUCUGUGCCCGACGGAACGACAGUCACCUCAACCACAAUGAUGAUUCGUUGA